UUAUUUUUAUAACCGAUUAAAAUAUACAACAAAUUAGUACCGAUUUAAAGGUCUGGACAUAUGAUCCGAUAAGAUGGCAAUGAAUGACAUGAAUCUCAAUAUAACGCCUCUAAAUGAUGACAAUGUGGCCGCCGGUAAUACCCGAACAUUGUUGACCACAAGUGGUAUCUAUGGGUCGACACAUACCGGCCCUCGAAAUGUUGGUAUUGAAGGCGGUGUCGGCGCCAGAGUUAUGAGAAACUCAAACGAUUGGAAAUGGGCUAAACAGGAUGGCGGUGAAGGACAUUUGGGAACAGUUCGUAAUUUUGAAUCGGCUGAAGAAGUAGUAGUCGUAUGGGAUAACGGAACGGCUGCUAACUAUAGAUGUUUAGGUGCUUAUGAUCUGAGGAUAGCUGACAGCGCACCCACUGGUGUCAAACACGAAGGAGCGAUGUGUGACUUCUGUAAACAGUCGCCUAUAUUUGGGAUCCGCUGGAAAUGUGCCGAAUGUCCGAACUACGACUUGUGCUCUCUUUGCUAUCAUUCGGAUAAACAUAACUUAAGACACCGUUUCUAUCGAAUCCUUAAUCCCGGAAAUGAAAGGGUUCUUAUAGAGCCUCGAAGGAAGGGCAAGAAGAUUGCAGUGAAGGGCAUAUUUCCCGGCGCUAGAGUUGUCAGGGGUGUUGACUGGCAAUGGGAAGAUCAGGACGGAGGAAAUGGUAAACGAGGAAAAGUUACUGAAAUCCAGGAUUGGAGUGCAACCAGUCCUCGAAGUGCUGCUUAUGUUAUUUGGGAUAACGGCGCCAAAAAUCUUUAUAGAGUUGGAUUUGAGGGAAUGGCUGAUUUAAAAGUAGUUAGUGAUGUUAAAGGACAUACUGUAUAUAAGGAUCAUUUACCACUUCUUGGAGAAUUAGGUGCCGGACGUUCUAGUGUUCAUGGAUUUCAAAUUGGAGAUCUGGUUAAUGUAGACCUGGAUCUAGAAAUUGUACAGUCUUUACAACACGGACACGGAGGUUGGACUGAAGGCAUGUUUGAAUGCUUGGGUACAACUGGAACUGUUGUCGGCAUUGAUGAAGACCAUGAUAUUGUUGUUCUCUAUCCGAGUACUAAUAAGUGGACAUUCAAUCCGGCCGUUCUUACACGUGUUGGUUCAAAUAGUAAUGCUUUGUCAUCACAAAUGAACCCUAACCUUAAUAUUGCAUCUGGAGUUUCACCAGUAAGUAAUAGUGUGACUGCUAGUGGUUCGGGCACACAGGUAGCCACUGCUUCAACAUCUAAUACAUCAAACAUACAGUUUUCUGUGGGAGAUUUGGUUCAAAUUUGUUCAGAUCUCGAAAGAAUUAAAAUUUUACAAAAAGGUCACGGAGAGUUUGCUGAAGCAAUGGCACCAACAUUAGGUAAAAUAGGACGCGUUCAGCAAAUAUAUCACGACAAUGAUUUAAAAGUGGAUGUUUGUGGUACUUCCUGGACAUAUAAUCCGGCUGCAGUCGCCAAAGUAUCUAAUGAUGGAUCAGUUGUUAGUGCGUCUGGAGAAGGAUUGAGUACUAUCUUAAAGAAGUUAUUUGAAUCGCAUGUUUCUGGGGAACCAAACGAAGAAUUAGUAAAAGCAGCGGCCAAUGGAAACAUCCAGAAUUGUGAAGAAAUACUAAAAAGAAUGGACAUCGAUGUUAACGGUGUGUUUGCAAGUCAUACAGCACUUCAGGCCGCUUCGCAAAAUGGACACUCAGAGGUCAUUAAAGUACUUCUCAGAUAUAAUGCAAAUGUCGAGAUUGAGGACAAAGAUGGCGAUCGAGCCGUACAUCACGCGGCUUUUGGUGAUGAACCUGGAGUUAUCACUUCAUUAGCACAGGCAGGAACUGAUCUCAAUGCAAGAAAUAAAAGAAGACAAACACCAUUACAUAUAGCUGUCAAUAAAGGUCACGUUCAUGUAGUUAAGACAUUGUUGGAAUUGGGAUGUCAUGCAAGCUUACAGGACUGUGAAGGGGAUACACCAAUACAUGACUCGAUUAGUAAAAAACGCGAUGAUAUGCUGUCUCUAUUGCUCGACAACAACGCCGAUAUCACCCUAACUAAUAAUAAUGGUUUUAAUGCCUUACAUCACGCGGCACUUCGGGGUAAUCCAAGUGCGAUGAGGAUCUUAUUGUCGAAGUUGGCCCGAACCUGGAUUGUGGACGAAAAGAAAGACGACGGAUAUACGGCUUUACAUUUGGCCGCACUUAACAAUCACGUAGAAGUGGCUGAACUCCUUGUCCAACAGGGAAAGGCUAAUAUGGAUUUACAAAAUAUCAAUUUACAGACACCAUUGCAUUUGGCAGUUGAGAGACAACACACACAAAUUGUUAGAUUAUUGGUACGCGAAGGAUGUAAUCUUAAUAUACCUGACAAAGAUGGAGAUACACCACUUCAUGAGGCAUUAAGACAUCACACGUUAUCACAAUUGAGACAAUUACAAGACAUGCAGGACGUCGGCAAACUUUUGAUGGGAUUGGGAUCUCAAGGCUCAGAGAAAAAGAGUAGCGCUUCGAUCGCUUGUUUUCUUGUGUCAAAUGGCGCUGAUUUGAAUAUUAAGAAUAAGAAGAAUCAAACACCACUUGAUCUCUGUCCUGAUCCCAAUCUUUGUAAUACUUUGAAUAAAUGUUAUAAAGAGAGGCUCUGUGGAGGUCAAGCACCUUCAUCUCCUGUAUCUGUCAGUUCACAGACAGAACAGGAGACUUUAGAAGAAUGUAUGGUAUGUUCUGAUAACAAAAGGGACACAAUAUUUGGUCCGUGUGGUCACGUGGCCACGUGUGCCAUAUGUGCGCCGCGAGUCAAGAAAUGUUUGAUUUGUAAAGAUGUGGUUCAGUCGAGGAAUAAAAUUGAAGAAUGUUUGGUUUGCUCUGACAAGAAAUCAAGCAUUUUGUUUAAGCCGUGUAACCAUCUGUGCGCUUGUGAUGGAUGUGCACCACUCAUGAAAAAGUGUGUUCAAUGUCGGGCUAACAUUGAUCAGGUCAUACCUUUUAUAGUUUGCUGUGGAGGUACAGCUCCUCCGCCACCACAACAACAACAACAACAGCAGCAGCAACAACAACAACAGCAACAAAUCAAUCAACCGAAAGGGGUUAUCAUGAAUAAUGGCGCCCGCGAUGUCUCCAACAAUGAUAUACAGAAACUUCAGCAACAGCUCCAAGAUAUUAAAGAUCAGACUAUAUGUCCGGUUUGUUUGGACCGCAUUAAGAACAUGAUCUUCCUGUGCGGUCACGGGGCCUGUCAGAUGUGUGGCGACCGGAUGUCUAUUUGUCCCAUUUGUCGCAAUAAUAUCGAGAAAAGGAUUUUAUUAUAUUAACAAACCAUUGCUUUUAUGUUUGUUUUGUCUAAACUUUUUACAAUAGUCCU